AUGUAUUCAACUAACGGUGCUCUUAUAAAACGAGCCGCUCGUCCAUCAGAGGCCGAGAUUAACCACAACGACGUGCCCGGGCAUGUCGGGCGCCAACGGGUUGAUGCCAUAGUGGCAGAGGUGCGCCAUAACGCCGUCGUAAUGGACAGUCAGAUUGAAAGACCUCAACCUCAUGAUAAAGUAGCCGUCGAUGGGACUGGUCAUGUCAGGUCUGGGUUUGCGUUGGCACCGGUACCACAAAAGGCUGUCCAUGGGAAUAAACACCCUGAUGAUAAGGUAGCGGUGGAGGGUAAGGGCGAUAUGCUUAAAUAA